CAGCUGCUCUGCUUGGCCUGCUCCCCGCGUGACGUCACGGCGCUUCCGGGCAUGCGCAGUCGCGCUCGCCCGAGCAGCCAUCCUAACAAUGGCGUGAAUGUGUGGAGCGUGUGUGCUGUGUGUGAUUGCGUUUUUAUGGGUUUCUACGCGAAAUCAUGUGUUCCAUCACGCCCAUGACUCAACUUGAAAUUGUGGCGGAUGUCUAUUGCGACGGACAAGCGCUUUCCGGGAGCGAUGCCGGGGGCCUGCCAGGCAUGGGCUGGCAGCCGGGGGUCGCCGGCGGUCCCGUGAGCCAGCAGCAGCAGCUGUCCGUGGUGACAACGGUGUGGGGGGUGACCUCCACCACGCAGAGCGGAGGGCCCUAUGUGCCGGGGCCCCCCCAGGUCAAGGGGGGCCCCUACGGACAGGGGGGCUACCCGCAGGGGGCGCCCCUCGGCCAGGGGGGCAAGGGCUACCAGCAGGGCCCGCCCUCCCGGCAGCCCCCGGGCGGAUACGGCGGGUAUGGCCAGGGCCCGGCCGGCAUGGCAGGGGGCAUGCCCGGCUCCAUGGGCGCGGGCAGCCACGGUUCCGGCAAUGACUUUCAGGCAGGGCCGCAGUCGGCACUCAGCGCGGCCGCCCUAGUCGCCGCGGCCACCGCCACGGCUACGGCUACGGCUAGUGUGGUGGCCCUGCAGGAGCGGCAGCAGCAUGAGGCCAUGGGCGGCCAGUACGGGCAGAUGGGAGGGCACCAGCAGUUCCAGGGAGGCUACGGCGCGCCCCCCCAACGAGCCCCUCCCCACCCUGGUGGGGGCGCCCAGAUGGGGACCAUGAUGGGCGCCAUGGGCCCCAUGGGGGGCGCCAAGGCUGUCCAGGCGGCGGCCAUGUACGGGGCCCAGCCCAGGGGCAGGCCCUACCCCAGCCCCCAGCAGUACCUGGCACACAAAAGGCAGCAGCAGCAACACCAGCACCAGCAACACCAACAGCAGCAACAGCAGCAGCAGCAGCAGCAACAGCAACAACAACAACAGCAGCAGCAGCAGCAGCAAUAUUCGGCGGCGGGUGCCGGUCAAGUUCCCAUGCAGGGGUACAUGGGGGGACCAUCUCCGCAGCAGUCCUACAACGCACAGUACCCUGGCGGCCCCCAGAACGGGCCCUUCCCCAAGCAGCAGCCCCAGCCCCAGGGGUAUGGGGCUGCGGGGUGCCCCCAACCCGGCAUGGGAGGCUACCCGGGCCCCCAGAUGAGGGCCAGGCCCCAGGGGCCCGGCGCCCCCGGCGGGUCCUACCCAGGGGGUCAGGUGCCCCCCGCCCAGUACUACCAGCAGACGCAGAUGGGGCCCAUGGCCCCGCAGUACGACCAGUUCAUGCCCGGCAGCCAGUACCCUCCCCACGGAUUUCAGCAGCGGAACAUGAACUACCAGCACUCGCCCAUUCCCGGGAACCCGACGCCGCCGCUGACACCUGCGUCUGGCAUCUCCCCAUACCUCUCGCCCAGCCAGGACACCAAGCCCGUGUUCCCGGACAUCAAGCCUCCGCUGCCCAUUCAGAAAGACGACGAGCUGCGGCUGACGUUUCCGGUAAAGGACGGCAUCAUCCUGGCGCCGUUCCGGCUGGAACACAACCUGGCCGUGAGCAACCACGUGUUCCACCUGAAGCCCUCGGUGCACGAGACCCUGGUGUGGCGGUCGGACCUGGAGCUGCAGCUCAAGUGCUUCCACCACGAGGACCGCCAGAUGCACACCAACUGGCCGGCCUCGGUCCAGGUGUCGGUCAACGCCACCCCGCUGAGCAUCGACCGGGGCGAGACCAAGACCUCCCACCGGCCGCUCUACCUCAAGGAGGUGUGCCAGGCCGGCCGGAACACCGUGCAGAUCACCGUCACGGCCUGCUGCUGCUCGCACCUGUUCCUGCUGCAGCUGGUGCACCGGCCCACGGUGCGGUCGGUGCUGCAGGGCCUGCUGCGCAAGCGGCUGCUCCCGGCCGACCACAGCAUCAACAAGAUCAAGCGCAACUUCUCGGCGGGGCCCACCUCGCCCCCCAUGGGCCCCUCGCCCCCCAACGAGGACGGAGUCGAGCAGACGGCCAUCAAGGUGCAGCUCAAGUGCCCCAUCACCUUCAAGCGCAUCACACUGCCGGCCCGGGGCCAGGAGUGCAAGCACAUACAGUGCUUCGACCUGGAGUCGUACCUCCAGUUGAAUUGCGAGAGAGGCUCCUGGCGGUGCCCCGUCUGCAGUAAAACGGCAAUCCUGGAGGGCCUGGAGGUGGACCAGUACAUGUGGGGCAUCCUGACCAACCUGAGCAACUCGGACGUGGAGGAGGUGACCAUCGACGCCACCGCCAGCUGGAAGCCCGUCACGGUCAAGUCCAUCAAGGACGAGCACGAAGGCUCUGAGUCGUGCAGCGCCCAGAAGCGGCUCAAGGCCAUGUCCCCAAGCAGCAUGACCAUGCCCACGACCAGCAGCUGGGAGAUGGGCCAGGGGCUGUCCCCGUACCCAGCCCUGCCACCCCCCGACAUGCAGUCCAUAGUCAAUGGGCCGAGCAUGGGGAACGGCCCGGGGAUGCCCAGCGGUCCGGGAAUGGCCAACGGUCCCGUCAUGGCCAACGGCCCGGGAAUGUCCAACGGUCCCGGCAUGGCCGGCGGUCCCAUGAUGCCCAACGGGAUGGCGUACGGGAACCGGAACGGCGGCUUCGACUUCCAGUCUCAGGCGUCCGACUUUGGGAGCCCCCUGUCCCACCUGAACGACAGCGUCGCUUCUCUGGACCACCUGGCGGCCAUGGAGAAGUCUCUCAACCACCACGAGCAGCAAAUGCUCCCGCUGGCGAACCACCACGAGCAGCCGUCCCAGGGGGCUGGGGCUGCACGGCACCCCGGCGGAGGGACGCCCUCGUCCCAGCCCCCGGGCCCCGGCCCGGUCGGGGGCGGGCCGGGCACGCCCGCGCCCCCCGGCGGGGGCGGCACCCCGACACACCCGGGGCAGCAGCAGCAACAGCAGACGCCCCAGUCGGUGGGCAGCAACGGGCCCCACACGCCCCACACGCCGCACACCCCACACACCCCCGGCGGGCCCCCCAGCGUGCCCCCCCAGAGCCUGGAGGGCAGCGGGGGCCCCGAAUCCCUGGCACCCGACCUCAGCGAGCUCAGCUUCGACCCUGCCGCCGUCAUCGACGGGGAAGGCCAGGGACAGGAGGGCCUCAACUUGCUGCCAGAGAGCUGCGUGGAUGCCAUGGAGCUGCUCUCUUACCUCGACCCGCCCGACCUCGGGGGCGGCACCGGCGGUGCCGGGAGCCACCCGGGCCAUGGCGCCGGCACAUCGGGGACGGGCGCCGCUCCAGGCAACGACGACCUCUUGGCGCUCUUCGAACCCUGAGCUCCCGGUCCGCGCAGCACAGCCGCCUCAAGCCGUCAACUUCGCCUCAACGUCGAACUCUGUGCGGCGCACGUCGGAGAACCGGGAGUGAAAACAAACUUGUGGUAACCUUGCGCGUCUAGGUGGACCCCGUGCCGUUCGUUGAGUGCGGCUUUGUGUUUGGUCUCCGGCUGGCGUCAUCCCGCGAGGACUUUGACUCUGGGGGUCGGCGUUCCCUCCCCGGUUGGGUCCGGCGAUUGGGAAUUUGUGGUUUGAGUUGGAGGGGGUCGACGCACCCCGGCGACGCAGAAGGAAACUCGCAGCUCGCGCUUGGCGGGGGGUUCGGUGCACCACGUUUGCGGCCGGGUCCUUGCACGCCUGCCCGGUCGCUCUGUUCUCUGUUGGCGCAGAAACCCCCUCUCCUCGUGCGAAACGAGGAGAGCGAGGGCAUAUGCAGUUUUCUCCGCCAUUACCUCACGUUGUACAGACGAAAAAAAAGCGCGCACCUCCGCUGCAAUAGGCUCGUCGGGGCAUUAGUACGUCGGUGGUGGGACGGGGGACAAAAACAAAAAGAAAGAAAGAGGUGUAUGAAAACGAAGGAAAUGCGAAGCGAGCGAAAGAGACAAAAAUGCCUAAUAUGCAAGAAAGCACGUUGCAAACUUCCGCUCUGGCUCGGGAGAGAGAGAGCCAGGCAGAAGGCGUGGUGUCGAAGGCGCUAUGUGAGAUUGUGCGCAAAGAGAACCGAAAAUGAUGCGACACUUGUACAGAACAUUAUUAUUAUUGUUAUUAUUACGAUACACCAGAGCCUCUCAACUCUUGCACAUUUUCGUGUGUGUAUGUGUAGGUGUGUGUGCGUUAGUCUUUGUCGGCGUGUUGCGUGUUGUACAGCGUGUUGAACAUGGUUCAGUUUUCGAGUACUAUUUAUUUUCGACGCGACCCCGUUGUGUGCCCCAUUGCCAUUCUUUCCUCGGUCCCCACCAUCACCAUUUCCACCACGGCCAUUGCCGCACGCUUCUCGGCUAUCUCCGUCUUUUGCGUAGAGCCCUCGCCUCAUCCCUCAUUGUGCAUAGCUCUCGUCAUAGAAACUCCUUGCCCGCCGUAAGCUACGACGAAAACGUGUUUCCCUAGCGGUCCAGCUACCAAGCUCUCGGAUCGAGCCGGGGCUGCGGAAACGCCGUCUCGUGUCGGUUGGCGCAUCUCAUUGGCCCGUUCCGCGGAGGCGUCGUUUGUGCCGUCGACGGUUGCGUGUCCCUUCUCUGCUUCCGGACGGGUUUUCUGGAGGUGCUAAAGGGGUGUACGGGCUGGCUGCCAAUGCCUCUGUGUGUCUAAAUCCGACAGACUGCCUGCUUCGUGUCCCUUAGAUGGUACUGUUAGUUUGAUUGUUGUUGCACGAAACUGUGUUUUGAAACAAUAGAAGUGCUCCGAGGCAAGGACCUAGGGGUACUGCAACAAUUUGGAACAAAUGCCAUGUGACACUUCGGGAAUACAGGGAGUGCAGUCGAGCCACGAGACAGUACAGUCUGCUUGAACCCCUUUCAUUGUUGCUAUCGACCGAAUCGCUUUUCUUUUUACGUUUGAAAUUCUCCCACGAACGAUCUUUUCGUGUCUAGAGCCUUUCAUGUUUUAAGGAAAAGGAUAAAAUUUGUGCCGGUUUAGCAAUAUAAUUUAUAGUGGAGAUUUUUUACUCUUCGAUAUCUGGCUCCAACAGUUACUGGACUUUGGAAAUGAAAUUGGGCAAACGUAUAGAUGUGGUAAUAAAAUAAUGUCACCAAUGGUGAAAUUCUUUGGGGCAUAAGAUAAAUUUCUGCUUAUCUCGAAGGUUGGCUCGAAGUGGUUUCGGUAUAUUUUCUUUUUUUAGGGGCCAGCUGAAGCUUGGCCUUUUUUUUAUUAGCUAAAACGUUUUUACUGCCUUCAUUCUCCCUUUUUUUUUUUAAUUUCAGUUUUGUUUUUUUAUUCUUGUUUGGAUGUAUGUAUAAAAAACAUAAAAUUUAAAGGAGGGAAGAGUGCCUGGCUGUCUCGUGCAUGCUGAAUCUUAAAAGGCUGCCAUUGUUUGGAGUAAAAUUGUCUAUGCCAGUCAUCAUCUCGGAAAUAAAAAUCGACCACAUUUUAUUCUUACGCAGAUUUUGUUUUCGAGCAAAGUCUUUCAAAGGCAAUGUUUAAAGGAAGACCUUUCUCAGGAGUGCUAAAACGGAGUACCGUGACACAAAAGUGUUUAACGCAUAUCAAGGGCGGGUCGCGACAAUUUGGUGGUUGCACACCACCACCUUCUUCUCGGCCGUCUCACUCUUCACAACACAGUUGCGCCGCUCGGCUUGUCGACAAUCGCCCCGUUCCCAGACCGACAUUUCCGUCUGCCGACGCUCUUUUUCACCCGCGAUCAUGUCGUGGCUGCAAGCACUCUUGCCGGACGAGCGUCUGCAUGCCCCCGUCUGGCAUCUCGGAGUGCACGUAGAGUGCUCCGCCCUUUUCUUUUCUCCGCUCCCCUCGUAAAUAACCGAACACGAAGACGACGGGACGCGCACCGUGCUUGAGAGAUGGCGGCAGUUGUUUUGUACCUUGAAUGCAAAAACGUUUCCGUGACUGGCAAAGUGCACGACCUCCGACGGCGUCUCCUUCUCCCUUUCUCGCAUUUGUCGAGCGCACCUUUUGUUGUAAAUAUUGUAAAGUGCUUGUGGCAAAAAGAAAAAAGAUCAACUUGUAGCCAAUGCAACCGAGAGCCCUGCAGACCUCCCGUUUCACCCACUGUCCGACCACGAUCGACCGAUUCGUGGGCACAGCCCGUAUUUAUGGCGCCGCAGCGUCCUACUAGCUCGCUUCAGUGGUGGUCGUCCUCAGUCAUGGCAGUGUACAGCUUUAGAGGGACGUCUUGUUUCUUCAGUCUUUUUCGUGUACGGACGAGCGAAGAGAGAGGUUGUUUUGUGUCUGAAUUCUAGUACUUUGCGGGUUCUAAAGACGGCUCGGCUAUCAAAGAGAUGCAAUUUCAAGAAAAAGUAAAGCCCCUUCUUUUUUUUUAACCGUCAGUUUCAGGACAUCAUAUCAAACAGUUCCUAUAUGCACGCAGCACAGUUUUGAAUCCGGUGAUGGUGGUUAACGGCAACGAAAACGCGUCUCGUUUACGGAGGGUGCAUUGUUUGUUUUUGUGUGUGUGUUUUCUUUUUUUUUUUGCGGUUGUCUCGCUUCGAAUAUCCUGGGAAUUUGUUCCUUUUGUUUCUUUUUUCGAGUGCCCAACCACUGUGGCGGGCGUUCGCUGUGAAAGUUCAUGUCCAUACCAUUUCAUGUUUUUUUUUUGGUCAUAUUUCUAGUGUAGAUAUCCAUAUUUAUACAAUAAAACUGUUUAUAUAAGAUGA